GUGAUCAUCGCAGUCUGCAUGUACGCGAUACCCAACGGCGAGAAGCGGACCAUCAGGAGGCCGGCCGUGUUCGUCGUUACCGCCUUUGCAUCCACAUUUGCUUACGUGUGGCUUGUUAUCAUCGUGGGCUUCUCGUCGCCGGACGUGAUCGAGCCGUGGGAGGGUGUAUCAACGUUCGCGUUCUUCCCGAUCUUGGUGGUGGUUGCCUUCCUCGCGGACAAGGGCAAGCUCAGCUUCGCGGCGGCGAAGCAGUCCACAAAGCCGCAAUUGGGGUGCAGCGCGACCAAGAGCCUUGGCGAGCUCCAGGACCACGAGGUGAAGUUAGUGGAGGACAACGCGCUCGCAGGCCGAUCCCGAGCUCAGAUUCGCAAAGGCCUUGGCAAGAUUGGCGGUGAGAAGGACCUGCCCGCCAGCGACCUGGCCGUGGGAUUCACGACGCCGGAUUUCUUCUUCCCCGCCGGCGCCGGCGAGCUCGUGCUGGAGGUCCAGAAGGCGGGGCUGCAGGCGAGCAAGUAUUUCGUGGAGGUCGGCUGGGAGGACUCCGGCGGCCGGAAGGGGUCCACCACGAUUCACAAGAACCAGACGCAGGGCAUCAUCACGAUCCGCUCCGGCAGCGUCGGCGGGGAGCGCCUGAGCGUGAGCCUGACGCGGGCCUACGCGAGCUACACCCAGUUCGCCACGACCGAGGGGGCGGACACCACGCAGAGCAACACGAGGCGGAAGACGUGCUCCAUCAUGCCAGAGUUCAUGAAGGCGCAGGUGACCAUCGCAGACGAGGACAGCAAGACGUGCGGGGUCGGCAUGCUGCGGAUGGCUUGCGGCGUGCAUCACCACCAGCCCAGGACCGACUGCGAGACGCAGUGCUGGGUGAAGGUCUGCCGCUUCGAGGGCGGCCAGGGCCCGGUGGGCUGCCGGCUGCUCACCAUCCCGGACACGGCCAGGCGGGGGCACGCCCAGGGCUCGGUGGGCGCCCACGGCACGCGCGGCCAUCGCGUCGGCAACUCGCAGCUGAUGGGCUUCAGCCUGGGGCCGGUCAUAGAGUUCUCGACGUUCUCACCGGAUGACGUGUUCUGCGCGAUGUGCGCGCCCAGCACGCAGCCCGCGACCACGUGGCACCCGCUCGCCAUGGAGCUGGCCCCGGCCGCCGGAGGCUUCUUCACUGGCCCUGGCAUCCCGGUGAACUACGGCGUUAUCGCGGACCAGGCGGUCCAGGCUUUGCUCGUUGCGGACAUCAGCGCCUUUGACAACGGCGGCGGCGAGGCCGACGUGCCGGAUGGAGCGGUGUCGCCGGCGCCGGGGCACUCAAGGUUCUUCACGUGCAUCAAGACGGUAGCCAUGGACGUCUGCCCUGCAGAUGCAGUUGCCUUCCAGGUAGACUCCACCGGUACUGCGACCGCCAACGCGUCGCCUCUGGCCAUGUUCAGCGCACCUCACGGCACCAUGACACAAUCCCUCGUAGACGUCGAGGUGAUGGAGGAUGCAGCCUACCGGCCGACGGAGUUGAUCUUGGCUCGCGCAGUCCUGAGCGAUGUUCGUGCCGUUGUGGAUGCGUCGGUGCCGUACCUCGACAUGGCAGUUGGCGCCACCUCGCAUCUUGCCGGUCUCGUGCCGCCGGAUUGGGAAAGGCGCACGAGGGCGAUGCUCCGGGCCUGGAAUCAGGUUCGAGUCGCGCACCACGUGGAGCAUGUUGCUGAGACCGCCGCGACGAGAGCCGCCCGCGGUGUCGUCUCGCAGGUCGCUGCCAUGACGGAUGACGAGUUCGAGCAGAUUGCAAUGGUGUCCACCGCGGUGUUCCAUGCCACCUCGCAGGACAAAGAGCACCUGGACCAUGGGGAGACCCCAACAACCACAGCGCGAGGUCCCAGGAUGGCGAUGUGGAUCUCCGCCCAGAGCGGCCAGCCGACGGCGACGACAGAGGUGAUCACACGCGCCCAGGGCCGCGCCACUCGCGCCAUCACACAUAAGACGCGACAGUUGGCCAACAACUCCAUUUACAUGCCUCCCCGUCCGAAGAACAACACGAGGGACUUCCUCCUGAGGUGCCCCAUCGAAGUCGCGAAGAGGCACCGCUUCUUUAAGGUGACUGCGCAGCCGGUGCCAACGGCCUACGGCAAUGAGGCUCUCAAGGACAUCGUGGCCCUGCACUUCUCAGCGUCGAAAGUGCAUCGUGACCACCUUUCGGACAACGCGAUCAUGGGCGAGGCGGUCUCUCUGCUCCGCGACACCGGGUGCAACGUGUCCGGCCUGCAGCAGUUCCAUUGCUAUGGCUUCCCAAGCGACGAGAGCUUGACCGUCUCCUUCAUUGGCCGGGCCGACGUCGCGCCUUCCACGACCUUCAAGCACCCCUCCGCGACCAUCCUGGGCGCGCAGUCUCUUAAGAAGGUGGCGGACACGGCUGCAGCGAUGAUCGCGCCAUCCACGUGGUGCCCCGCCGUCGACAGUGCCGUUGCGCCGGAACAGAGGGCCACGGCCGCCUUGGCUGCGACGGCAGCGUCGGACUACACGCAGGUCCUUGCCACCAUUGGUGCCAUGAUUGCGCAGAACCAUGCAGCUGCCAUCGAUGCGGUUGCGGUCGAGGUGGGCAAUGCUUGCAAGAACUGGGCGCCUGCCGGCCCGGCUCCUUCGGCGGCAGUGGCGACAGCACAUGCCUCGAUCAAAGACUUCUGCGACACCAAUGCGGCCGCGAUGCAGGUGGUGCUCCGUGUCGGCGCGAACUCGCUCGCUGCUCCAACGGCAGCUGACUUGUGA